CCUUUCAAGAUGGCCGCCGUGAGCUAAAAAUUCUCGUCUUCACGCUUCUAUCUUGUAAAUUUCUCAAAAAUAGUCCAAAUUCUACACAUCUUCAUACGCCAGCCUUUGCAGAAGAUAUGGGGUUGUUGGGGACAUCAGUGUCCUUGCUGGGCGUGUUACUGGCUGUCCUGGGAUAUCUGGUGUGGACAGGAGUGGACCUCGGACCACUCAACCCACUGGCACAAAUGGUCAAGCCUUACCUGGAAAAGGUGUCCACAGAAGAACCUCCUGAGCGCCUGUUUACUACACACCAGCUGAGUAAAUACACGGGAAAGUCAGGCAGUCCUGGGCUGUACCUGGGCAUCCUGGGGAAAGUGUUUGAUGUGAAGAAGGGCAAGAAACACUACGGGCCAAAGGGGGGGUACAGCUUCUUUGCAGGCCGUGACGGCACCAGAGCGUUUGUCACAGGAGACUUUACAGAGGCAGGUUUGGUGGACAACGUGGACGGCCUGGUGCCCAGGGACUUGAUAGGGAUCAAGGAGUGGAUACAGAUGUAUGAGAAGGAGUACAAGUAUGUAGGAAAAUUGAUUGGCAGAUACUAUAAUGAUGAAGGGAACCCUACUAAGGAGCUGUUGGAUGUGGAAGACAAGAUGAAGGCUGCUCACUCUGAGAAGAACGCUGAGGAGGAACUCAAGAAAACCUUCCCACCAUGCAACAGUAUGUACACCAAGGAGGAUGGAGCUAAAGUUUUUUGUAGCAAAAAAAGUGGUGGUAUAGAGCGGGACUGGGUUGGGGUGCCCCGGAAGCUGUAUAAACCCGGCUCGGACAGAUAUCGCUGUGCCUGCGUCAAGAACACAGGACCCCCUGCAGGGGACCCUGGAGCAGACCAACACAAGGACAGGGGGGACCUGGACAACCCUCUAGUCAAGGAGUACGACGGGUGUGCUUCAGAUGACACUGUGUGUAGGACAUAACUGUAUGGAGUGGGAGAGGUGAUGUGCAACUCAGGGCUUGAAAUACUGUGUGCAUAUUAUGCAUCUUAUAAUUAGUGCAGAUAAAAUUGGAGCUGUGCAGGAAUUUGUGAUGUCUACCUGCACUGGUCCAUAUACUGCUGCUUUAUAUAGAAAUGUAGGUGUAUGACAUUGUGGAUUUUUUUUUUCAUUGACCGUAUACAAGAAUGGCAAUGGUUUCUGAACAGUUUUUAGUGUGAUGCAAACUUUUGAGUUCUGAGACAGAGUAGUGCAGAUAAAAUUUGUCUGGUACAGGUAAUUUUCAACAUUACCUGCAGUAUUUCAAGCCCUGGAAAAAUGUGACCUUUCCCCAUAUGUACUCAGGCCUUAAACCUUCUUAUACUGUUGUGAAUUGCCAAUGUGAUUGUUUUUAAAUGAAGAUGUAUAACCC